AUGCACAGUUCCCACUGUCUCCGAGCGCUCCCGCUGCCUCUGCUCUUCCUGCUGGCCUGCAUUUCAGGCCUGGCUGCAGCGCUGACUGAGGAGGAGAGGGACGUGAUGGUGCAGCUGCACAACUUCUACCGGAGUCAGGUUGAGCCGCCGGCUGCCAACAUGCUGCACAUGAGCUGGGACCCGGAGCUGGCCGCCUUCGCCAAGGCCUACGCCGAGAAGUGCGUGUGGGGCCACAACAAGGAGCGGGGCCGGCGGGGCGAGAACUUGUUCGCCAUCACCGACCGGGGGCUGGACGUGCCCCUGGCGGUGGGCGAGUGGCAGCUCGAGUACAAGCACUACAACUUCAGCUCCAACGCCUGCAACGAGAGCCAGAUGUGCGGCCACUACACGCAGGUGAUCUGGGCCAAGACAGACAGGAUUGGCUGCGGCUCCCAUUUCUGUGAGAAGCUCGAGGGCAUUGAGGAGCCCAAUAUCCAACUGCUGGUUUGCAAUUAUGAGCCCCCGGGGAACGUGAAGGGGCAAAGGCCCUAUCAGGAGGGAACUCCCUGUUCCCAAUGUCCGACCGGGUACCGCUGCGAGAAAUCGCUCUGUGAACCCAUUAAGGAGCAGAAAGAAGCUCCGGAUAUCUUUGAACUGGUACUUGUAGACUCAUCCUCCACUGACACUGAAGACUCAGUCUCUAAGAAAACUGGUAUUGCCUCUUCCCCAGCUACAAAAACUCCAUCCUCCUUGGUAACAAAGACCACAGUCUCCCUGGCAACUCAGGGCCCAUCUUCCUUAGCAACCAAAAAAUCCCCUCUCAUGGCAACAAAGGUACCAACGUCCUUUUCGGCAACUCACAAGAUGCCCAUCUUGGAUAAGGUGACGGCUUCCUCCCCCAGAUCCAGCCACACCUCUGCACCCCAGCCCACAGCCAAAGAGGCCAGCAGCACAAGAACGACUUUUAUGACCCCCAAGACUUCUCAGCUCCCCAGGAUGUCCUUGGCAGGAACACAUGAGCUGCCACUCCAUGUCCAGGAGGAAACAGAAGUUGAGGCGGAGUUGCUUCUUUCUAGAGAGGGCCUUCAUCUAGAUUCUCCAGUCCAGGGUGAGCCAGGUGAACCAGAGGUCACACUGAACCACACAGCACACAACUCUGAGUCCUUGUCCAUUUCUCCCGACACCUCUGCCACUGCCCAUGCCGAGGGUGCCCUGGUCCUCGCCCUGCAAUCAUCCUUGCCAGGUGCAGAAGGCCCUGAAAGGCCAAGCGUCCGGUCAGGGCAGAACUCAGGUCCAGACUUGCUCUGGGGCUCCCUGCUGGGACAACUGCUACUGCCUUCCUUGGUGUUGGCAAGAAUCUUCUGAGGCAGUCAUCACUCCAAGGCCAGGCCUGAUGGGCAAACCCUGCCUUGAGAACCACUCUGGACUGCUUUUCUCCAAGGAAGAAGCCACAGCUUUCUAGGCAGGCCUUACUCUGUGGCCUAGCAGCACCCCCAUGAUCCCAGCUUCUGACCAAAC